CACAAACCCCAAUGAAUAACAGGGAGACGCAACAAGCGAGAAUAACUGAGUGCCUCCCACAGCCACCGGGUUCUGUUUCCACCAGAAGUUACGGGCUGAUAUUAUAUCAGGUUUGGGGGACAAUUUAAACCACUUAAGUGUUCCACCUCCGUGUUUUAAGUAUCCAGCAUUCACUUUGGGGUCACAAUCGGCCAGCACACUUACACUCAUGAGGUGAUGUCGAACUGCAAAAGUUUUUGUGUAGUCUGCACCAGAACCCUGUACAGCUGCCAUUGGGCAAAGCCACAAGAAACAACUAGAAGCAAACAAAAAGCAUGUCUGUGGUUCACUAUUGUUGCAGUGGUCACUGCAUUAGCUAUCACCUGGAUGUACAUCUGUCUGGUCAGUUAUAAUGAUCAAGAAGAUGUCAACUGGAAAUUUUUCACAGCACUGAAGUUGUGGAUUAACUGGUUCAUGGUACUGAUCAUUCUUUCUGCAUUGUUAAGUGCCUAUUGUGUCUUCCUGCUGUGUUUUGCAUUGAUCCAAGUUGCCUUAAAAGAACCAUUAGAUCUACACUGGAGCCACAAGAUUUUGCUCUUCGGUGGAAUUUUAUUAAUUGCCGCUGGGGUUACAGGCAUCAGUUUUAUGUGGCAACAGGAAUGGCUGACUGUUCAGCUCUCAUUAGAGGCUACAGCCCCCUUUUUACAGUUUGGUGCCGUUGGGGCUUUGACACUCAUGAGUAAACUUGUUUUUCAAGCAAUCUUCACCACUGGUAAAAAAUUUUCUAGAUAUAUCAUUGGUACAGCAUUUGCUGUGGUGUCCAUAGCAAUCUUUCUAUCACCCUUGGGUAUCCGAUCUCCUUGUUUCAUAGAGAAGCAACACUUACCUGCCAAACCAAAGCUGAUAGGGCAUCGAGGGGCACCCAUGCUGGCCCCAGAAAACACCAUUAUGUCAUUUAAUCGCAGCAUAUCAUGUGGAGUAACAGCCUUUGAGACAGAUAUACAGCUCAGUAAGGACGAUAUACCUUUUCUGAUGCAUGACCACCACUCCAACUUUCUCCUGAGAACGACAGAUGCUACAUACAAAUUUCCAAACAAAAAUUUGAAAAGGAGUACAAGUCUGACAUGGGCUGAGUAUCAGAGUCUAAACGCAGGUGAAUGGUUUGUCCAGACAGACCCCUUUAGAACAGUUUCACAGCUCUCUGAGGAUGAGAAGGUACUGGCCAAAAAUCAGACAAUCCCCUCUUUACUACAACUCCUCAACUUGGCUCAGCAGCACAACAUCUCUGUAAUGUUUGAUUUGUAUAGUCCCAACGAAGAAAAUGACACAGUGAAAACAGUGGAAACCAUUGAGCUCUCUGGCAUUAACCACAGUCUAAUCCUCUGGCUUCCCCCAACAAAAAGAGACUAUGUCCGUGCUAGAGCCCCAAGAUUCACCCAGGUCUAUAACAAUAUAGACGAAAUGAAAGGCAAAAAAGGAAACCAUUUGAACCUAAAAUACAGCAAGAUUAGUACAACAGAAAUCAGAGAACUUCGAAAGAGCAAAACUGAAGUGAAUUUAUGGGUCGUCAAUGAGAGGUGGCUUUUCUCGCUGCUGUGGUGUGCAGGAGCUAGCUCCGUUACUACCAAUUCCUGUCACAUAUUGAAGGAUAUAGAGAGUCCGGAUUGGAUCAUAUCAUAUCGCUUGUACAAAACAAUAUGGCUUUCUGUGGACAUUGCAUCAGUUCUGAUAAUGGCGGGGCUCUUUGUCUAUCAAUGGUAUGAGAACCAGAAGAAGCUCAUUGAGCUGGAACGAGAAAGAACUGUUCCCCUUCUUACCAAUAAGCAGAUAGUUUGAUGAUGAUGACCCCCCACCAACAACUCUACAUCACUAACCAUUGGCACCUCUUCUUCUGAUCAGACAUCAGACUGUGUAAUUUAUGUUGGUACUGAAUGGCUGAGUGUGUAUUAGUUUAUUAGUAGUUCAUUUGUUAUGCCACUGCACAGCAUAUCUUUUGUUGCUGUAGCAUUUUACCUUAGUACAUAUAAAUGUACUAGUGACAGUUUUGUGUGUAUUUCCUGUUUACUGAGCCACAAUAAAACAUAACAUUUGUGUUUACUGAGCCAUAAUAAAUCUAAAAAGAAUAACUAAAA